CGGCCGCUCCCGGCGGCGACCGUCGCGCAGGAAUGUGAGGAAUGCGCCAGGGGCAGAGUCCGCGGCCCGCGGCGGCCGCUCGCGCGCCUUCCCGGCCCAGCUCUCGCGGCGCAGCCAGAGGUCGCCGGAGCAUCUUCGGAGCCGGAGGAAUGCCAGCUCCUGAGCAAGCCUCACUGGUGGAGGAGGGGCAGCUACAGACCCACCAGGAAGCUACCUCCACUGGCCCAGGCAUGGAGCCCGAGACCACAGCCACCACUAUUCUAGCUUCCGUGAAGGAGCAGGAGCUUCAGUUUCAGCGACUCACCCGAGAACUGGAAGUGGAAAGGCAGAUUGUGGCCAGUCAACUAGAAAGAUGUAGGCUUGGAGCAGAAUCACCAAGCAUCGCCAGCACCAGUUCAACUGAGAAGUCAUUUCCUUGGAGAUCAACAGAUGUGCCAAAUACUGGUGUAAACAAGCCUAGAGUUUCUGACGCUGUCCACCCCAACAACUAUCUCAUCAGGGCAGAGCCAGAACAAGGGACCCUCUAUUCACCAGAACAGACAUCUCUCCAUGAAAGUGAGGGAUCAUUGGGUAAUUCCAGAAGUUCAACGCAAAUGAAUUCUUAUUCCGACAGUGGAUAUCAAGAAGCAGGAAGUUUCCACAACAACCAGAACGUGAGCAAGACUGAUAAUAGACAGCAGCAUUCAUUCAUAGGAUCAGCCAAUAACCACUUGGUGAGAAGUUCGAGAGCUGAAGGACAAACACUAGUUCAGCCAUCAGUAGCCAAUCGGGCCAUGAGAAGAGUUAGUUCAGUUCCAUCUAGAGCACAGUCUCCUUCUUAUGUUAUCAGCACAGGCGUGUCUCCUUCAAGGGGGUCACUGAGAGCUUCUCUGGGUAGUGGAUUUGGCUCUCCGUCAGUGACCGACUCCCGACCUCUGAACCCCAGCGCAUAUUCCUCCACCACGUUACCUGCUCAGCGGGCAGCCUCUCCGUACUCACAGAGACCCGCCUCCCCAACAGCUGUGCGGCGGAUUGGGUCGGUCACCUCUCGACAAACUUCCAAUCCCAACGGACCAACCCCUCAGUACCAAACCGCCACCAGAGUGGGGCCCCCGCUGACCCUGACAGAUGCACAAACUCGAGUAGCUUCCCCAUCCCAAGGCCAGGUGGGGUCAUCAUCCCCCAAACGCUCAGGAAUGACUGCCGUACCACAGCAUCUGGGACCGUCCCUGCAAAGACCUGUUCAUGACAUGGAGCAGUUCGGACAGCAGCAGUAUGAUAUUUACGAAAGGAUGGUUCCACCUCGGCCAGACAGCUUGACAGGGCUACGAAGUUCCUACGCUAGUCAACACAGUCAGCUUGGGCAAGACCUGCGUUCAGCUGUGUCUCCUGACUUGCACAUCACACCUAUAUAUGAAGGGAGGACUUUUUACAGCCCAGUGUACCGCAGUCCAAACCAUGGAACUGUGGAGCUCCAAGGAUCACAGACAGCAUUGUAUCACACAGGCUCAGUAGGUGUUGGAAAUCUACAAAGGACAUCCAGUCAACGAAGUACCCUUACAUACCAAAGAAAUAAUUAUGCUCUGAACACAACAGCUACCUAUGCCGAUCCCUACAGGCCAAUACAAUACCGAGUACAAGAGUGCAAUUAUAACAGACUUCAGCACGCGGCACCAGCCGAUGAUGGCACCACUAGGUCCCCAUCCAUAGACAGCAUUCAGAAAGACCCCAGGGAAUUUGCCUGGCGUGAUCCUGAGUUGCCUGAAGUCAUUCACAUGCUGCAGCACCAGUUCCCUUCCGUCCAGGCAAAUGCAGCGGCCUACCUGCAGCACCUGUGCUUCGGUGACAACAAAGUGAAGAUGGAGGUGUAUAGGCUGGGAGGUAUCAAGCAUCUGGUUGAUCUUUUGGACCACAGAGUUUUAGAAGUUCAGAAGAAUGCUUGUGGUGCCCUCCGAAACCUUGUUUUUGGCAAAUCUACAGAUGAAAAUAAAAUAGCAAUGAAAAAUGUUGGUGGGAUACCUGCUUUGUUACGACUCUUGAGAAAAUCUAUUGAUGCAGAAGUAAGGGAGCUUGUUACAGUGAGCACACUACUGGUUAUUGAGGACACAAGAUGUCUUAAGACAUGGACCCUGGUCUUGACGAGAGGAUAUAUGAAUGUUUCCAUUUCAAAAAGAUCUAAUUCACCAAGAGAUGGUAUCACUUCUGGGGUCAAACUACAAACAACCUCUGAUACUUCUCUUUGGGAAAUAUCUGCUGGAGUUCUUUGGAAUUUAUCGUCAUGUGAUGCCGUAAAAAUGACAAUCAUCCGAGAUGCUCUCUCCACCUUAACAAACACUGUGAUUGUCCCACAUUCUGGGUGGAAUAACUCUUCUUUUGAUGAUGAUCAUAAAAUUAAAUUUCAGACUUCACUAGUUCUGCGUAACACGACAGGCUGCCUGAGGAACCUCAGUUCUGCAGGGGAAGAAGCCCGGAAGCAAAUGCGAUCCUGUGAGGGACUGGUGGACUCGCUGCUGUAUGUGAUCCACACGUGCGUGAAUACAUCUGAUUAUGACAGCAAGACGGUGGAGAACUGCGUGUGCACCCUGAGGAAUCUGUCCUAUCGCCUAGAACUGGAGGUCCCACAGGCCCGGCUGCUUGGACUGAAUGAACUGGAUGACUUAUUAGGAAAAGAGUCUCCCAGCAAAGACUCUGAGCCUAGCUGCUGGGGGAAGAAGAAGAAAAAGAAAAAAAGAACUCCACAAGAGGAUCAAUGGGAUGGAGUUGGUCCUAUCCCAGGACUGUCAAAGUCCCCCAAAGGGGUUGAGAUGUUGUGGCAUCCAUCAGUGGUAAAACCGUAUCUGACUCUUCUAGCUGAAAGUUCUAACCCAGCCACGUUGGAAGGCUCUGCUGGAUCCCUCCAGAACCUCUCUGCAGGCAAUUGGAAGUUUGCAGCGUACAUCCGGGCAGCUGUCCGAAAAGAAAAAGGGCUCCCCAUCCUUGUUGAACUUCUGAGAAUGGAUAAUGAUAGAGUUGUCUCUUCUGUGGCCACUGCCUUGAGGAAUAUGGCUCUAGAUGUGCGCAACAAGGAACUCAUAGGAAAAUACGCCAUGCGAGACCUGGUCAAUCGACUUCCUGGUGGCAAUGGCCCCAGCAUACUGUCCGAUGAGACCAUGGCAGCCAUCUGCUGUGCUCUGCACGAGGUGACAAGCAAAAACAUGGAGAACGCCAAGGCCCUGGCUGACUCAGGAGGCAUAGAGAAGCUGGUGAACAUAACCAAAGGCAGAGGCGACAGAUCCUCUCUGAAAGUGGUGAAGGCAGCAGCCCAGGUCUUGAAUACAUUAUGGCAAUAUCGGGACCUCCGGAGCAUUUAUAAAAAGGAUGGGUGGAAUCAGAACCAUUUUAUUACACCUGUGUCAACAUUAGAGCGAGACCGAUUCAAAUCACAUCCUUCCUUGUCCACUACCAACCAACAGAUGUCACCCAUCAUUCAGUCAGUUGGCAGCACCUCUUCCUCACCAGCACUGUUAGGAAUCAGAGAGCCUCGCUCUGAAUACGAUAGGAGUCAGCCACCUAUGCAGUAUUACAAUAGCCAAGGGGAUGCCACACACAAAGGCCUGUACCCUGGCUCCAGCAAACCUUCACCAAUUUACAUCAGUUCCUAUUCCUCACCAGCAAGAGAGCAAAAUAGACGGCUACAGCAUCAACAGCUGUAUUAUAGUCAAGAUGACUCCAACAGAAAGAACUUUGAUGCAUACAGAUUGUAUUUGCAGUCUCCUCAUAGCUAUGAAGAUCCUUAUUUUGAUGACCGAGUUCACUUUCCAGCUUCUACUGAUUACUCAACACAGUAUGGACUGAAGUCAACCACAAAUUACGUAGACUUUUAUUCCACUAAACGACCUUCCUAUAGAGCAGAACAGUACCCAGGGUCCCCGGACUCAUGGGUGUAGCAUCAAGACGGUUGCUCAACAGAGGAACUCUUUCUUUCUAACCGUGUUUGGAUUGAGAUGAAAAGUCCGUCUUGCCGAUCUGAUGAUGAGAUGUGAAAGUGCGAUGAAAGGAAUGAGUGAAGAGCAUAUUUUUUUUUCAUUUUGAGGAAUUUUCAGGGAAGUAAGGAAACUUUUGAGCGAGGACUUUCUAAGCUCUAUUUAGGUGUUAGAUCUAAUUACUUGUAGAUUCUAUAGUCUGGUGAAGGUGUGGGUGAUGUGAUGAGAGGUUUGAGAAACGGGUGAAAUGAGAUGGGGGAUGUGUAGGUCAAAUCAAAUUAAAGAUGAUUUUUUUAAUGUGAAUAAAGUUAUGUUCUGAUAGUUUGUACAGAAAAAAAAAUAAAAUGGAUGCCCUUCAUGUUUUAUUGCUACUACUAAAUGUCAAGAUUGUAUGCUAUUAUGUCUUGUAAAUUUCUUUUGUUGGUGUAAAUAUGGAAAUGCCACAUUGGUUAAGUGCCAUCAUUUGUAAUGCAGUGUGUCAUUUGAAAAGAGAUUUGAAGAAAUGGACAGCUUAAAAAUGGGAAACCGGAGGAACUGUUAACAGUUAAAAACAAACUAAGACAGCUUUUGUUUCACAAUGAAUAGUGUACUUUGGAAGCACAAAGUCCAGUCUGGUAUAGCAACACCAUGCCCAUUCCCUGCCUCUUUCAUAGGACACUUCACUGCCAUUUUCUAUGCACAUGAAAGAAAAAUAAAUGUGGAAAUUUCAUCCUUGAAAA